ACCGCUGCUUCGUCUGUGCGCAUGCGCAGUAUUGAUAGCUCAACCUUAGCCAGCAACAGAGGACUUGGUCAGAAAGAAAGUGUUUUAAAUACUCCAGGUCAUUUAUCUAUGCGGUAAUUUGGUGGACACACACACCUGAGACGGUCAAAGAUGGAAAUCGGAACGGAAAUCAGCAAGAAAAUACGGGCGGCCAUUAAAGGGAAGCUGCAGGAGUUGGGGGCAUAUGUGGAUGAGGAACUUCCUGACUACAUCAUGGUGAUGGUGGCCAACAAGAAGAACGCUCAGCAAAUGGCCGACGAUCUCUCACUGUUUCUGGGCAACAACACCAUCAAGUUCACUGUGUGGUUACAUGGAGUGCUGGAGAAGCUCAGAUCAGCUGCAGUGGAGCCGGCGUCUCUGCGUGCUAAACUCCUCCCCUCUGACACCAGCACGUCCGGUCGGGACGAACGCAAAGGGGAGGAGUCACGGGCUCUCACUGUGUCCAGCUCGCGCUCUGAUAGGUUAGAAGGACGGGUCUCUAGCUCCGCCCAUGAACACCAUGGCAGGAGGACGUCCUCUGACCGCUCCUCCUCCUCCAGACUGACCUCCACAGUGAAGCCUCUGCUGGACCACUCCGCCGAAGCCGUCAUCGACAUCAAACCCGACCUGGAGGACGACGACCUCAUCACCAACGAUACUAGGGUCACAGUCCCUGGGAAGCCACGCCCCUUAUCUAGCCGUUCGUCCAAUCGGGGUUCAGGAAGAGCCGAGGAAUGCUACAGGUCGCCCGAGGUUAUGCGAGGUCACGAACGGUCGAGCUCCAAUUACGGGCGGAGUUACAGAGAGGAACCCAGUAAGGAGGAGUUUUCACGGAAAAGGAAGGCGCCCAUGGCGAGCUCUGUGGUUCGGAUUCAGAAAGGUCAUGAGCGAGUUUAUGAGAGCGAGGAAGACGAGGAGGACGAGGAAGAUUACGGCGUGCCGAGUCGAGUUUCUCUCCCACCAAAACCAGAGCGCAAACCCUCUCUGCCUCCAGCAAAACAGGCCAAUAAGAAUUUAAUCCUAAAGGCAAUUUCUGAGGCUCAGGACUCCAUCAGUAAGACCACAGCUGCAUAUACCAUCCCUCAGAGACAAACGGUUCCUGUGGCACCGCGAACACGCGUGGCGAGUGACGAGAUGAACAGAGCCGCCAUCCGAUUGGUCCAAGAGCACCUGCAUGAGCUCCUCCCACAGGGAGCACAAAACACCCGCCCAAACGUUCCUUCUCGCUCUCUGGCGUCACGACUACAGCAGGAUCUUACAGACAAUGAGAGAGAUCAGCAGCUUGAGCUGGAGCUGUUGGAGACGGCGAGACUCAAGGCUCUGGACACUCGCUCCUUCAUCAUGAGAAAACCAGAGCUGGAACAGAAUCCACCAGUCAGGAGCAGGCUGGAUGCUGCCAAUCAAGAGGAAGCCCCACCCACCACUCCACGCACAGUGCAGGCCAGAGAAAAAGUUGAGUGCAGUCCGAAGUUCAUCGUGACGUUAGACGGCGUGCCGAGUCCUCUCGCCAGUCUCACUGAACACGACAUGGACACGCCCAACACUAUGACCUUCGACCCCUCAGCUGAGCACAGGACAAAACCUGUGCACCUCAGCAUGACCUCUGACCUCGCGUAUGAUGAUGAAGGGGUGAUUAUGAUGGAGGAAGAGGGAGAAGAACAGAUGGAUGAUGAACCGGUGAAGGUGAAGAGACCGAAGGUUCUAGAGCGCUGCAAGUUCUGGCCGGCGUGUAAAAGUGGAGACAUGUGUGUGUAUCAUCAUCCAACAACACAGUGCAGGAUGUUUCCAAGCUGUACUUAUGGACAGAAGUGUCUGUUCAUCCAUCCAAACUGUAAAUACGACGGCAAGUGUUCCAAACCCAACUGUCCAUACACACACGUCAGCCACAGAGCCCUGCUGCAGCCUCCUGAACCAGCUCCUCCACAGACCAGCAGUGUGUGUCGUUUCUUCCCCGAGUGUAAGAGAACAGACUGUACCUUCUACCACCCUAAACCAUGUCGCUUUGCAGAGCACUGUAAACGUGCAGGAUGCACCUAUUACCAUCCAGUGACCUCAGUACCGCCUCGACAUGCCCUAAAGUGGACUAAAGCACAGGCCAGCUGAAGAGACAGCUUGGCUCCGCCCCUCCUCCGUGUUGAGCCUGAACACCACUGAACCUCAGGAUCCUUUUUUUAAUUUGUGUUUUUGAUUCUAUUUUUGAAUGUUUGAGAAAAAAUGAACAGCAUUUUUUGUAGAUGUUCUGGUUACUGCAUUAAAGCUGACUUUCAUCAAAGUCUCAAUUCUCCGUCA